AUGGAGCGGGAGUGCCGAGUGCUUUCCAUCCAGAGCCACGUCGUCCGUGGCUACGUGGGCAACCGCGCCGCCACCUUUCCGCUGCAGGUGCUGGGAUUUGAAAUCGACGCUGUUAACUCUGUGCAGUUUUCAAACCACACAGGCUACACCCACUGGAAAGGUCAAGUACUGAACUCCGAUGAGCUACACGAAUUGUACGAAGGCCUCCAGCUGAACAAUGUGAAUAAGUAUGACUACGUGCUCACAGGUUACACCCGGGAUGCGUCCUUCCUGGCCAUGGUGGUGGACAUCGUGCGGGAGCUGAAGCAGCAAAACUCCAGCCUCGUGUACGUGUGUGACCCAGUGAUGGGGGACAAGUGGAAUGGUGAAGGCUCCAUGUAUGUUCCAGAAGAUCUCCUUCCAGUUUACAAAGAAAAGGUUGUGCCAGUUGCUGACAUUAUAACUCCCAAUCAGUUCGAGGCUGAGUUACUGAGCGGCAGAAAGAUCCACAGCCAAGAAGAAGCACUGGCGGUGAUGGAUAUGCUACACUCCAUGGGACCUGACACCGUGGUCAUCACCAGCUCCGACCUGCCAUCCCCACAGGGCAGUGACUACCUGAUUGCACUGGGUAGCCAGAGGACAAGGCAGCCUGAUGGCUCCAUCGUGACAGAGCGGAUCCGGAUGGAGAUGCGCAGGGUAGAUGCUGUCUUCGUGGGCACUGGGGACCUCUUUGCUGCGAUGCUGCUGGCCUGGACGCAUAAGCACCCCAAUAAUCUCAAGGUGGCAUGUGAGAAAACUGUGUCUGCCAUGCAGCACGUCCUACAGAGGACCAUCCAGUGUGCAAAAGCCCAGGCUGGAAAGGGACAGAAGCCCAGCCCAGCCCAGCUGGAGCUCAGGAUGGUGCAAAGCAAGAAGGACAUCGAAAACCCAGAGAUUGUCGUGCAGGCCACGGUGCUGUAA